CUGUUUAAAGAAGAAGAGAGUCCCCUUAUGGAGUGUGACGUCACCUCUUCCUAGUCCCUCCGUGGUUCAUCGCAUGACUCCGUGGAGCUCCGAGCAGGUCAAAACAUGAAUCAAGAAAAACUGGCCAAACUUCAAGCCCAGGUGCGGAUAGGAGGAAAGGGUUCUGCGCGCAGGAAGAAGAAGGUGGUGCACAGAACUGCAACCGCUGAUGACAAAAAGCUUCAGAGUUCACUAAAGAAGUUGGCUGUGAACAAUAUUGCUGGAAUUGAGGAGGUGAACAUGAUCAAGGACGAUGGAAGUGUGAUCCACUUCAACAACCCCAAAGUUCAGGCCUCUCUGUCCGCCAAUACCUUCGCCAUCACGGGACACGCCGAGACUAAGCAGCUGACAGAGAUGCUCCCUGGCAUCCUCAGCCAGCUGGGAGCCGAUAGCCUCAGCAGCCUGCGCAAACUGGCCGAACAGUUCCCCCGACAAGCUCUCGACAGCAAGGCUCCAAAGGCAGAAGACAUCGAGGAAGAGGAUGAUGACGUUCCAGAUCUGGUGGAGAACUUUGAUGAAGCGUCGAAGAACGAGGCGAACUGACACACACAAGGUUCAUGUGCACAUGGACUGGACUGCAAGGAAGCUAGAAAACCUCCCCCUUGUGUUUUUAAGUCUAGCUAUCUCAGACAUAUCAUACACUAUCCCUGAAAAUCCCAGAGACUUUUCUAUUUUGCGAUGACCACGGAUGUCCCAGUCAGACUGACUUGUGUACUUUAAAAAACAGAACAGAAAAGAUAAACGUUAGAUCUCUUCAGCCCAUUGUCAGUCAUCACCAGGAUCACGGUGGUCAUUAAAUCAAGUCUUAAGACAUUUUUUUUCUUUAUGAAACAAAAUAAAGGUGAUUAACAUUUUGUA